AUAAGGGUUUCACAGAUCUGACUAGCAAUUCAAAUGUAUUUGAUAAGGCAGGUCAGGUCAACGCAUGCUCAGAUGGCGUCAUCGUACACGUCAGCUCCAGCUCUUUACCCUCUCUGUUAUGUUCGGGUCGCAGUAUAAGUACUCCACAAGCCUUGAGCUCCAAUCUCUUCAUCCCUCUGCAUAACCAAAAUAAAAAAGAAGAAAUAAAUACUUAGCCAUGUACGGAAACAACACAUUCCUUGGCAGCAACAGCUCUCUGUCUAAUAGUUCCGGCGUGAUCAACACGAGGCCAUUAGCAGCAGAUCAGUUGGUAAUCCCAGACCCAGUUGCUGCUGCUGCUGCUGCUGCUGGUAUCGAACUAGGGAGUACUGUUGGUAGUCACUGUACCAGUAGUACUGCUAGUGGGUGCAGUAGCUAUGGCUCACCAAGUUCACUUGUAAGUGGCUGCUGCAGUGUUAAUAUGCAGAGGAGUAUUAGCAGUCAUUCGUUUCAAAAGAAUGGGUAUCAUUGUCAUUUCGCUUCUCAUCCCCAUGAUUUCUUGGACAUGGACACCAGUCCUGUCAGAAGGGUUUUUAGCACCGGUGAUUUGCAACAUGGUCACAGAGCGGAGAGCCCAUUGUUAAGUGAGAGCAGUCUGAUCAUAGAGAGUAUGAGCAAAGCAUGCAAAUACAGUCCAGAGGAGAAGAAAGAAAGAAUUGAGAGGUACAGAAGCAAAAGGAACCAAAGGAACUUCAACAAGAAGAUUAAGUAUGAGUGCAGGAAAAUACUUGCAGACAGCAGGCCACGCAUCCGAGGACGGUUUGCAAGGAACGAUGAGAUUGAAAAGAAUCCUCAACUCCAAUGGAGCAACGUAAGUGGAGAAGAAGAUGAAGAGGAUGAUGAUAACUGGAUCGAUUUUCUUGAUUCAUUCUCAGAAAAUUCAGUUCCUUGAAUCAUGAAGGAGUCUUUCUGCAUGGCCACAACUCUCUGCCUGGUUUCCUAGUAGUGUGCCAUUGGCAAAUAUUGAUUUAGGGUUCUUGUUUGUUAUUAUGUAAUUAAGAUCAGUUUGAAGUGCUGAUUAUUUUCGUUUACUUUAAUUAGGUGAUAUUAUGUUUUUUUUU